CACCAUGCCCGGCUUCCUAUACAUUAUUUUUUAAGAUGGAGUUUCCCUGUGUGACCCAGGCUGGCCUCCAAGUCUUGGGGUUGAGUGACCGUCCCGCCACACCCUCCCAAGUAGCUGGGACCCUGGCUCGUGACUCCUGUGUCUAUAGCAGGGAAAACCAGAAGCCUUGUGGGUGGAAGACCAGGCUCCCAGAUGUGAAUUCACAGAAGAGUUUGCAAUCUGCAGGAAGGCUGCCGAGGCAGCAGGAGGCGCUCUGCACACCCCGCCCAGCCUCCCAGCCUCUGCCAUGUUUCUGCGGACACCCAGGGACGGCACGGCAGAUUCUGCAGGCGGUGCUUCUGGUCAUCAUGGCAGGGUGUUCCCGGCACUGUCACCUCUGUGGACAUUCAAGCUGUGCAGUUCUCAUGGAAACAUCCUUGAGUGAGGCAUGGGGUACCACCUGCCAGCACCUGUCCUGGCCCAACAUCCUCCAGGGCAGAGUAGGCACAGGUAAGGCUGGGAGGCCUGGCUUGGGGCUCAGGUUCUGUUGUAGGAGAACCUUGCUGGGGUUUAGAUUUGAUCAACUGUAUUCCCCUACCCCCUAUGCUAGCUGCUGGAAGCCUCUGGAAUCUUCCGGAAGGUCCCUUGUGAAGCUGCCCCAGUAUACAGAGCACUGGACCCACAGGAAACAUGGCGAGAGCCUGGCUCACCCCACACGAGACCCACAGCCCUAUCUGCAGCAAGACUGGGUGGUCCUGCUUUCUACACAGCCUUGCCCGCUGACCACGCGCUUGUGCUCACACGGCGGCGACAGCCUCGCUGGGGCCAGCUGGGGGCUGGCCAGGACGUCACCGUGGCCCAGUCCUGUCUGGGAGUCGCCCCGUCCCCACACGGUGUCCCGGACCCCUCUGAGGCCCUGGAACCCCUCAUCUAUAAGCCCCCCGUUUGGGGCUACCAAGAUGCCUCUAGUCAGGCACGGGCCAUACACCUAUUAGCCAAGCACUCUGGGAGGCUGAGGCAGGAAGAUCGCCGUUUGAGCCCAGCCUGGGCAAUACUGUGACUUUGCAAGACCCUGUCUCCAAAUAAAAAAUUUUUAAAAGGGGCUAGGAGUAUGGUUAGGGUAGAAGCCCUAAGUUCGAUCCCCAAUACCAAGAAAAUUUCCCCCUCCAGCCACACAAGAGGGCCUGGCUGCCCAGCACUUCCAGAACCAUCCACAGCCUGACACCUCAGCGGACGCCACUUGUCACCCAAGCCUGCCUCUCUACACGUGGGUCACCGGGCCGGGCCAUGGGCGCCACCCGGCUCUCGCCUGCACUCCAGCAAGGCCGUCCAGGCCCCCUCUCCUCCCGCAGAGCUGCCGGCCCCCAGGGCUGGGACGCCUUGGCAUGGCCCAAGUGCUCCUGUCACUCUGGCUUGGGUCGGGCCGUGGUCAGAGGUCACUGCCGGCCAAGCCAUCGGUGAGUCCCGCAAGCCGCAGCUGCGCCCCGCGCCCCUCCCCAGCCAGCUCCGCCCGCAGGCAUCGCAACACCACCGCGUCCUCAGCAGCCUCUGGAGAACGCAGGCUGGGGGACAGCGUCAGCACGGCCUCAUCCGCUGCCCACACAGCCCGCCAGGACCGCUGUCGCUCAAGGAAGGAAUUCGGGGCGCCGGGCCCCCGCACUCACUCAG